AUGCCAAGCCACGCCACAAAAAGCAUCAACGCAGCGACAUGUGAAGGACAGCUCAACAUUACUAGACCAUAUGUGUUUAUAAAGCGGUAUAAACAUUUUCUAUUCUUUCAGAGAGACGGCUCGAUGACGGCGGAAGGCCACAAUGUCGACGCGAACCUACUCGGAAUAGGUCGCGAUCAUGGCCAUUACUUCGCCAAGAAAACAUUUGGCAAACCCACAUACUGCCAUCAUUGUUGCGAUAAAAUAUGGGGUAUGCUCACGCAAGGAUAUGCAUGUGAAGUGUGCAAUUUUGUGUGCCAUGAGAAAUGUUUGAAAACCGUUGUCUCCUACUGCAGUGGUGUGGCUCUGCAAUUGAUAAAGGUAAGUCUAUAA